UCCGUUUAAAGCCUUCAUGGUAGUUGUUCUGUGUCUUGUAUGCUGUUACAGCUUAGUAUUCGCUUGCAAAAGUGUAGUAAUCGGCUUGAAUGAGCAACCUUAACUUGAUGGCAUUUUCUUUCUUUCGAUUCUUACAUGAUAUACUUGUAGUGUUUUUUGGUUUGGUAAAAAAAGUGGUCCUCGUUUUGCACUAUUUUUUUCCCCUUCCUUUUUGUUUGCUCGGUGAAGAAUUUGGACUUGCAAAACAUGCCUCGGGUUGAAACUUAAGAGUCGAGACUUGUCUGUAUUGAUGUAAACUUGAGAUGUUUCAUGGCACAAGUUACGGGGACCAAUAUAUUUUAAAAGAUAGGUUUGUUUGGUGCACUCUUUCUCUCAUUGGUUUUCUCUCUCCCUUUUCGAGUUCAAUAGAUUCACCCUAUUUGACUUGAAGGACUUGUCAUCCGCAUGGGCCCAGAUUGAGAUUCUACUGUUUUUCUUACCAUGGAAAUUCUUGUUCAUCAAUUGGAUUCAUUUGGAAUUUCUGUCUCUGCCUACUAGGAUAGUGUGAUUUUUGCAUUAGUUUGUUUGGUGUAGACUCCUUUACCACUGCAAGCUAAGAGCUUCGAUGAAUUGAAGCAGAAGCUUAUGUACACCACCAUUGAAUUAGAUUCACUGAAAGUUGAAGCAAAUGAAGGACUGAGGAAGCACAAGGAGGAUGUUAAGCAAUUAAUUAAUCUCCUAAAGAUUGCUUACCAAGAAAGAGACGAGGCCAAAGGUCAACUGCAAAAACUGCUCAACAAACUCAUGCUUUUCAGUACUUCUGAAUUACUGCCCAUUCUUCCUCAAGCACAACCGGAAAGCGCCCUUGUGAUUCCUGCUAAAGCAAAUUCCAGUAUAACUGAAUCCAACAGUCUAUCUGAUACGUAUAAUCAUCAAUCACAUGGCUCCUCCCCUGUGGAGUCCUUAUUUGAUGCAGUUACUUCACCAGAUUUCUCCAGCAUUAACAUGGCAGAAUCAAGUCACAUGGGGUUUGUGAAUAAGGCCUUGGUUCAAGAAUAUGACGGCUCUAUAUCAACUGGUUUAGUGGCUUCAGCGAUGGCCAAGAUUGAUCCUGCUGAUAUUGUAAUUGAUAAUUUUGUCAAAGGAAAAGUCUUACCACAGAGCGGAAAACUGUUGCAGGCUGUGAUGGAGACUGGUCCUCUUCUUCAAACACUUCUUCUUGCAGGUCCACUUCCGCGGUGGAGAAAUCCGCCUCCGCUGCAGCAGUUCAAGAUUCCUGUUUCUUUUAACGGUUUUGAAACUCCAAAGCUCACAGCAAAUUCAAGCUGCCUUGCUCAACAACCAUUUCCUUCCCCGUCAAAUAUUGGGUUGUCUCGUGGAUCUUCUCAAAUGUGUUCAGCUUCCAUGUUAGAUUUUGCUGCUUGUGCUUCUGGCUCAGGUAUAGGCAAUGGAUGUUUGUUAAGUUCUCGUGAUAUGCAUCAAAUUCCAGCUAGGAAGCGGCAAAGAUUUCAAUGAGAAUGUGGCACUUGGUUCCUUUUUUUUUUUUUGUAAAAUCAAAUUUCAGUGGUUAAGGGUGUAAAGGAGAUGUUUUGUUUUCAGCGCUUGAGUGAUAUAACUAGUUAGCUUGGCUUAUUUUCCUUUCUGUACAUGAAAUAUUACAUUUUCCUAAUAGAAUAGGUUUUCAAAACAGUUUCAUUUUACUAUGCCCUGAAUACAUUAGCAUGAGAAAACAUCAUAGGAUUUUGAUCCUAUUGUGUUUGGCCUUCAGGAUCAGAGUAAUGAU